AAAUGACAUCAAACAUUCAUGUAUUUGUUCUUGGUAUUGAUGAAAUAAAUUCACUUUACUCAAUUGAUCAACAAACUCUUUGUCAAGUAGUACAUGUGAUUGGUGGACUAUCUUGCAUGCGUGGGAAAAUAUUUUUCAUACCAAUUCUAUCUGGAACUAUCCAAGGUCCUAUGGAAGAGCUUGUACAAAAAUCAACCUAUCUGCUUUUACAACUCCCACUACCUCUCCUUCCUGAUAAAGACAUGUUGUUCAUUGCGAGUUCACUUGGAUUUCCUAAUGAGUAUAUCUUGAAAAAUAAUGUAUUUCGAUGCUGUCUUGCUGGUAUUGGUGGAAUGGCUCGAGCUAUGGAGCUCUUUUUCCAUCUCAUCAUUCAACAACAAACCCAUAAUGAGAAUGACUUGGAAAUUACUGACAAAACACCAAUCAACUUGCUAAAUCAUGUUGAUAUUGUGGAGGUAAUGACUAAACUGAUGAUAGAUUUGACAGAAAAAUACCCUUUCAAAACAUACUCAGAAUUUGCAAUGCCAAUGCUGGCAAAUGCUAUUUUGGAAAAACCAGUAAUGGAAUCUGAUGGCUUUAAUAUUAUCAGGCAAGAAGACACAAAGUAUAAAGAAUACUUUGCAACUUACAAGGAAAUCAAGUCUGCAGGCAUCAUAAAUCUUGAACCUGCUGAUAAUGGUGAUAAUGGUACUGGAAAAUGGUACAAAAUCCGCUUGCCAUACUUGUGGUUAUGUAUUGUUGUUUCUGUAACUUCUGCAAAUUCACCCAUUAAAAAAUGGAUUCGAUUUAUUGAUCCACAACAACCAGUCUAUUGGCAGGAUUGGGAAGUUUUUAACAUGGAAUUUUGGGCAUUACGCCUAUGCCUCUUAUCAUUUAUUCAUUCUGAUGAACAUAUCAACCUGGAAGAACUCCUUUGUGGUGCCUCUUACAGCCAGAAGUUCCCAGAUAUUAAGAUUAAACUUCCAAAAAACAAUUUAAUCACUGUGCACAGAUUGAUUGAAAAAUAUCCUGAUAAGCUCAAAGUCAGGGAUACAAAUGACAAUAUACAUGAAGCUAUACAUAAGAACUCUCAAAAAGUGUUUGUAAAUGGUGAGGAAGCAAAUUGGGAUGGCUUUUCAUUCCUUUCACCUUCAGAAUAUAGCACUUGCUUUCUUAUUGCUUUCCAGAUGAAGUACACUGAAUUGGAUUCAGAACAUUCUAAAAGAAUUAAUCAAGAACUGAUUGAUACUGAAUAUAAGAAAGCAGCAGAGGCAUUUGAAAUGUUAAAACAAAAAACACAUAUCAAGGAGUGGGUUUUUACCAUUUUGUCUAAUGCUAAUCAGGUUAAUACCCUGAAUGUUAUGGAUCUUCCUGACAGAUGUGCUGUAGUUGAUCAAACAAAUUUUCAGGCUUUCUAUGGAUACACAUUUGCAAGUCGUGCACAAUUUUCUGCAGCAAAUGCCAAAAUUCACAUUAAUUCCGCAAGAUCUUAUGAAUUGAAACUCAUACAUGGUAUUAGGCCCACAAUAGUAGAAAAGAUUGAGUCAGAAAGAAAAAGAAAGCCCUUUGAUACAAUGGAUGAUUUAUUGGAACGUGUUCCUAAAUUUCCUCCAUCAGAGAUCCAUAAU